AUGAUUCCUUUUGACUCUGUUCCUGCUGCUUACUGGGCUUCCUUGAAUCUACGACUAAUUUUGGUAAAUGAUAGAGGUACUCUUCUUCCAAAUAUCUGGCUUCUUGGUUCUUUACAUAUCUCUUCUCCUACACUAGUGUUCUUUGCAGAUCAACACAUUACUAUUCAGAUUACUUUGGAAGGCACUCUUACUCAACUAUCUUGUGUCUACGCGGCUACAACUGCACUCAAACGUCGCAAAUUAUGGUCGGAUUUAUUACUUCUUCGUCAGCAGACCACCAUUCCUUGGAUGGUAAUAGGAGACUUUAAUGCAGUAUUGGGGGCUCACGAGGCCAUGAAUGGUAGUAUCCCUGCGCGUUCAUCUUGUGAGGAUUUUCGCAAUGCCACAGAACGAUGUCAUUUCACUCAUCUUGAUACUUCAGGGGCUUUCUUUACAUGGUCUAAAGGGCGAGGUCGGAAGCACUUGGAACGACGGCUUGAUCGCUCCUUAUGUGAUGAUGGCUGGUUUGAGGCUUGGCCAUUUACCAACUGUAUAGCUCUUCCCCGAGUGGUUUCUGAUCAUAAUGGUUUACUUUUUUCAGCCGGUAAGUCUGUACCAGGGGGUCCUAAACCUUUUCGUUUCCAAUCUAUGUGGCUUCUCCACUCUUCUUUCAAGGAGUUGGUGGCGAAUUGUUGGUCGACCACCAGGCCAGCUGGUUGUCCCAUGUAUGUGAUGCUACAAAAAUUAAAGGCCUUGAAGUCAUGCCUUAAGCAAUGGAACAACACGGUAUUUGGGAAUGUUCAUAGAAACUUGGAGUUGGCCCCUGCUAAGUUGACUGCUAUUCAACAAGAUAUUGCUUCUAAUGGUUCUACUGAUAUUAACUUUGAGGCUGAAGUUCUUGCAAAGGCCGAUGUUCUUAAUGCGGUUAAGCAUCAGGAGGCUUUUUGGAGGGACAGAGCUCGUGUAAAAUGGUUUACUGAGGGGGAUAAAUGCUCAAAUUUUUUCUAUGCUUAUGCCCGCAAUAAGGCAAGGCGCUCUUCAAUGCAUUGCUUACAGGUUGGGGGAAAUCUUCUUACUGAUCCACAAGAUAUUGCUAAUCAUGUUGUUGAGUUUUAUAAAUCGUUAUAUGCUUCAGAUGUUGCUCCAAGUGGUGUAGUUGAUUUCUGCAAGGUCAUUCCCUCCUUGGUUUCUGAGGAUGAUAAUUCAGUUUUGGUUUCUAUUCCCACUGCAGAAGAGAUUCGACGUGUUGUUUUCUCUAUGGACCCUUCUAGUUCUCCUGGUCCAGAUGGUUUUCCCGGCUCCUUUUACCAAAGUUGCUGGGAUAUUGUUGGUAAUGAUGUUAUUGGCUUUGUGCAAUUCUUUUUCCAACAAAAUUGGUUAUAUCCAAAUGCGAAUUCUAACUUCAUUGUGUUAAUUCCAAAGACGGAAGGGGCGAAUAUGAUCUCUCAGUUCAGGCCAAUUGCUUUGGCCAAUUUUUUAUUUAAGAUCAUUCCAAAAAUUAUGGCAGAUCGUUUGGGUCCUAUAGCUUUAUGUAUUAUUUCAGCUCAUCAGAUUGCCUUUCUUAAGGGUCGUCGUAUUGCAGAUUGCAUUGGCCUUGUUUAUGAGGGCUUCAAUCUAUUGGAUAGGAAAAUCUACGGAGGUAAUGUGGGCAUUAAAGUUGAUAUUGCCAAAGCAUUUGAUACUCUUCACUGGCAGUUCCUUUUUCAGGUCUUAGAGAGGUUUGGGUUCUCCUCAAGAUUCAGAAAUUUAAUUCAGACUAUUUUAAAUUUUGCUAAGCUGUCAGUCUUGAUUAAUGGGAUGCCACAAGGUUUUUUUUCUUGUGCUCAAGGGGUAAGACAAGGGGAUCCUCUAUCUCCUUUAUUGUUCUGCAUUGCGGAAGAAGCACUAAGUCGAGGACUGUCCUCUCUUUUUAAUGCUCGAAAGAUCAAACCUAUUUCUAUGCCGAGGAGUUGUCUAAUUACUCAUGUGCUCUAUGUUGAUGAUCUGUUUAUUUUCUGUCGAGGGGAUAUAUUUUCUCUUAACCGUUUGCAACUCUUUCUGGAAGAGUAUGGUGCUGCUUCAGGUCAGAUAGUAAAUAAAGAGAAGAGUACUUUUUAUACUGGUGAUAACUAUUCUCAUCGGCGUAGGGUUAUCAAACGUUUAUUGGGCUUCAAGUUAGGUACUACUCCACUUACUUAUCUGGGUGUUCCUAUAUUCAAGGGGAAGCCUCGACGUAUACACCUUCAAGCAACUGCUGAUAAGGCUAAAUCUCGUCUGGUUGGUUGGCAAGGCAAGUUGUUGUCCAUGGCGGGGCGUGUUCAGUUGGUUCAUGAUGUAUUUCAGAGUUUGCUAAUUCAUAGUUUCUCUGUGUACUUGUGGCCUUCUUCACUAUUGAAACACUUGUCUACAUGUGCUCGAAACUUUAUUUGGUCUGGAGAUUUAUCAAAAAGAAAACUUGUCAUCGUUUCUUGGCGCUAUGCAUCUCAACGGUUUUCUAUUUGCUGCAAUAAGAAAUAUCAGUUUUUUAGGUCCUCGGUUUGGCAUGGUUUAAAGGCAGCUCUUCCUUUCAUUUUCCAUAACUCCAAGUGGCUUAUUGGUGAUGGAAGGUUGGUGAAUUUAUGGAUGGACAAGUGGUUGAAUGCCCCCUUAAUUGUAAAAUUACAGGCUCCGAAUUUUCCCAAACGUUUGAUGAGUACGGUGGAAAAUUUUAUUACUAAUCAGCGAUGGACCUUGCCCAAUGAAUUUUCAAUUUCGUUUCCGGUUUUGGCGGCUGAAAUUCUUCAAAUCCCACUACCAAUUGAACCAGAAAAUGAUGUAUUAAUUUGGGAGCCUUCAAGCUCAGGUUCUUUCUCUUUUUCUGAUGGAUACCAUCUAGUUCGACAAUCAUUUUCAGAAGAUGAGUGGGUUUCUAAGGUUUGGCAUUCUUUCAUUCCACCACGGUUAUCUUUAUUGGCAUGGCACCUUUCCUAUGAUAAACUACCUACUGAUGUGCAGCUUCAAAAACGUGGUAUCCCAACAGUGUCUGUUUGCCAGCUUUGUACUUAUGGCUAUAUUGAGGAUUCUACUCACUUAUUUGUCACUUGCUCGUUUGCGCAACAUGUUUGGCAAUGGCUAGCAUGCUGUUUUGGGACUUUCCUACCAACUAGUGGCACUAUUGGUGGGUUAUUUACCUCCAUUAUUGGCAAGUCUUUCUCUCCCCAACUGAAAAAUAUUUGGCUUGCUAGUUGUCUCUAUGCUCUUCUGGCUAUAUGGAAAGCUCGCAAUAAGCUUAGAUUUGAGGACAAGCGCCCUUCCCUCAUGCGAAUUUUCAGCUCUCUCAAGGCUUGGCUUCGCUUCGCUGCUCCUUACAUGCCAGGUUAUUCGAAUGGUUUGGUUGACACUCAGUUGUUGGUUGGGUUGGGUAUUCAGCCUAUUCCUAAAAAUCGAGUAGCGCCGCGGUUAGUUCUCUGGCACCCUCCAAUUUUUCCUUGGAUUAAGUUGAAUACUGAUGGUCUUGCAAAGGGUAAUCCAGGACCUGCAGCUUGUGGUGGUGUGUUUCGUGACACCCAUGGUCAUUACAUUGGCGGUUACUGUCAAGGAUUGAGACACAAAUCUGCCUUCUACGCAGAGCUUAUGGGUGUGAUCAUUGGGAUUGAAUAUGCCUUCCAGUAUGGUUGGCGAUGCCUCUGGCUUGAAUGUGAUUCGACUAGUAUUGUUUCGGAUCGAGCAUCUCGAUUCACUUUGAAAUUCUGGGGCAGUUUCCAGAAAGCCAUGGGAACUGACUUAGAAAUGAGUACAGAUUUUCACCCUCAGACUGAUGGACAGACUGAGCGAGUGAAGCAAGUGAUGGAGGAUAUGUUGAGAGCGUGUGUGUUGAACUUCAAGGGAAGUUGGAAGGAUCAUCUACCGUUGAUUGAAUUCUCUUAUAACAACAGUUAUUACUCCAGUAUUGGCAUGGCACCAUAUGAGGAUUUGUAUGGUAGGCCAUGUAGAUCUCCUAUCUGCCCAUUGGGUCCUGAGAACGUUCAGGAGACUACAGAGAAGAUUUCGAUUAUCAGGGAUAGGUUUGAACGGCUCAAAGCAGGCAGAAGAAUUACGCAGAUUUGA